ACUCCACCAACACACGCAGACACUCCACCAGUAGCCUCCAAUCAAGGAUUAGACCUCCCUUAUCUUUCUGGGAAUAUGACUGAGUUCUCCCCAGAAAAACUCCGGGGCAACUCUCCAAAGUUUCAUAUACGCUAUACGAUUUCAUUAUGUACUUUUUUGCCCCUUUAAUAAAUAUUUCUUUCUGAACUCAGGCCAAUCCUGCUAUUCAUGCCCAAGCAGCAUCUGCCCCUCCCCAAGUGCUGGGGUUGGGGGGUGACGCUGGACCAGGUAAAGUCCCCAAGCAUCUAUGGGUGUUGUAUCAAACCAGCCCAGCCUUGCCUAAUCAUCUGCGGUGGCAGCUUGCUAAUGAAAGCUUUGUGACAAAGAGUGAGGCUUCUCUCAGAGGUGGCGGCCCCGACAGCCCCAAGAUGCAGCCGAAAAAGUGCACCACUCGCCUCGCUGCCGCAGCCCUGCCGACCCGAUCCCAGCGCUCAGCCAUGAUGAGAAGAGGCCUCCAGGUGGCAGCAAGACCUAGCCACCACGGAGCCCUUCCUGGCGGCCCCUACAUCCUGCCCACGUUCAGCCCUGCCUCAGCAUUCGGAUCCUCCAUGGACUCCCUGGUCUCAAGAUUCUGUCAGGAGAAGACAGAUUUGAAGAAUUACACCCUCCCCAAUGCCAGCUGGUGUCCAGACAUGCUGAACCUGUACCACAAAUUUCUGGAGAAAACUAAGGCCGAUGGCUGGAUCAGACUGCCCUCCUUCAAGUCCAACAGAAACCACAUCCAGGGGCUCAAGCUCCCAUUAGUGUUAACAGUUUCCUCAGACAAAAGUGACUGUCACAUCUUCACCAGGUGUACUGAAACGGAAGGACAAAGCUACGAGUAUGUCAUCUUUUUCCACCCAUCCAAGAAGAAGUCUGUCUGUCUUUUCCAACCAGGCCCCUACCUGGAGGGGCCCCCAGGGUUUGCCCACGGAGGGUCACUGGCAGCCAUGAUAGACGAGACCUUCUCUAAAACUGCUUACCUGGCUGGAGAGGGGCUGUUCACACACAAUCUCAACAUCAGGUUCAAAAACUUGAUCCGUAUGGGCUCUCUGGCUGUGCUGAACGUUGGAAUGGAAAAGGUUGAGGACCAGAAGCUUUACAUAUCCUGCGUCGCCCAGAGCACGGACCAGCAGACCAUUUACACCAAAGCUUCAGGUACUUUCUUCCAGCUGCAGCUGGAAGAGGAUUCAUCUCAAUACUACACGCUGUGCCUUCAGGAGAGCCUACUGCCAACCGCCUUGCCUACCUGGGACACACUCCAGAGCAGCGGGGGGUGUCCGGAAAGUAACUGGUGAAGUGAGGGAGAAGGCACUUUCCUUUGCAUAAAUAAAGUCUCACAGCCCCGUUCGCAGUCCAAGACCCUUCUGCAGUUGGAAAUGAAAAUCCUUCCAGGGCCUUCCACAUACCCACCUUCCCAUCCAGCACCAAUAGAAGCGAUGUACUGAGAUCUGCCAGGGACCAGGCACUGGGUGAGGCACCAAGCACACAGCGAUGAAAGACAGGGCCCCUGGCCUCGAGAUGCACAACUGUGGGCCGGGAGCAGAGUGCCCCAUCAGCUCUUCCCACCCCACCGUGGCUCUGGUUAUGGGUGCAGUGCAGACACAAAGAGGGGGGGCGGUCAGUUUUACUCUAGGAAAGCGAUCAAAGAAGGCUUUCUAGAGGAAGCUGUGCUUGAACGGAGUCUCAGAAGUUAAGUGGUAUCCACCAGGCAGGCAGGGGACUAUUCCAAACAGAGGGACUAUUGUGAGCAAAGGCACAAAGGGAUGAAAGAGCACAGCGACUUUGGAGAACAGCAAGGUGUUGAGUGGGGCAGGAGUUUAGGGAAAGAGAAGGGGUCAGGGCAGGUGCAGGCCAUGGAAGGCUCCUUAAACCCUGCAAUGGAACUUGAACUGUGUCUUGUAGGCAACAGGGAGCCUUUAAAGUGUUUGGGAGUGACAUAAAGUUUUGUUUUUUCAAAAGAUGACUCUGGUGGCAAUAAGAGGUCAGCAAGACUGAAGGUGGGAGCACUGGUUAGGAGACCCUUGCAGGGCUCCAAACUAGAGAUAGGAAGGACCUGACAUGGUUCAAAGCCAUGAAGAUGAGAGAUAUGGAAUAUGUUGCAAACAAAAGAGUACAGAACUUUGCCACUAAUUGUAUGUAGUGGAUCUGUGAAGGGGAGCCUUCAAGGAUGACUCCAAGUUUCCAGCUUGGUGGUUCCAGGUGGCAUCAUUGGGAAUACAGGGGAGCAGGUUUGAGGUGGGGGAAGAUAAUGAGCUCAGUUUCACACGCAUGGAACCCCAUGGAACCCCCAUCGCAUGGUGAUCCCCAGCAGGAGCCUGGAUAUUGUAAUUUGGAACUCAGAACUGAUGACAUACUGACUCGAUUUGUAAGUCAUCAGUAUCAAAACUGACAUCGAAUCCCUGGGAGUGGAUUAUGCAGAAUGAAAGUGAAGAGGAGAGUGACAGGAUGGGAGAGAAAGGAAGGACAGGGAAAAGGGUCAAAGACAGAACCUUUGGUCACACUAAGGCUUAAAGCUGGGGCAGAGAAUCAAACACCCACUAAGGGGGCUUCCCUGGUGGUGCAGUGGUUGAGAGUCCGCCUGCCGAUGCAGGGGACGCGGGUUCGUGCCCCGGUACAGGAAGAUCCCACAUGCCGCGGAGCGGCUGGGCCUGUGAGCCAUGGCCGCUGAGCCUGUGAGUCCAGAGCCUGUGCUCCGCAAUGGGAGAGGCCACGACAGUGAGAGGCCCGCGUACCACAAAAAAAAAAAAACAAACCCACUAAGGAAGCUAAGAAUAGGACAGGAUGGACCAUCCUUAAGAAGGCGAGGUCAACAGUAUCAAAUGCUAAAUAGAAGGCAAGGCAGAUGGGAACUAAAAAGAGGCCUUUGGACUUGGCAGAGAGGAAGGUGGUGGUCUUCUUUGCCAGGAGGUGGGAACAAAAUCCAGAUUAUGGUGGAUGAAAAACUGAAUGGGAACGACAGAGUGAAGCUAGAUGACUCUUUCUAGGAAUUUUGUUGUUGUUGUCGCUGUUAUGUUAUUUAAAGAGAGAGAUUUGAGUAUAUUUAUAAAUUGUUUUGGAAGGAGCCAGUGGAGAGAGGCUGAAACCCUAGGAGAGAGAGAGGUGUCCUCCAACAGAACAGCUCUAUGGUCUUAGAGAUGGAUCAAGAGCACAGUGGAGACAGGAGUCACGGGACAGCAUCAACAUGACUCUGAGACCAAAAGGAAGAAGUGGGGCGUGCAGAGCAGGAUGGAAAGUUGCCGGGAUCUAUCCCAGAGCACCUCGACUUCCUCAGUGAAAUAGGAGGCAAGGCCAUCAGUGGGGAAAGAGGUCCGGAGGAAGGGGUGCCCAUUUCUAAGGAGGAAAGGUUUGAUGUGAGGGGGAAGAACAAUGGACUGGAGGAGGCAAUGGCCACCCAGGAGAAGACUGUACCUCCUCUGGGCCUGCAGAGGACAGGGGUGGGAAACUGAGCAGCUUCCACAGGGACAGGCAGGAUUCCAUCAAGCCCAGUAGGUGGAGGGGAUGUCCAGGGAGAGGUCAAAGAUUAGAGGAGUUUUACCAAAGAAUGAGAGCUCCAAGUGACAUGUCAUAAAGGAUUUUAUUAUUAGGUAUGGUAAUGCCAAGUGCUGACACAGAUAAACCUUUACAUCUCCAUAAUCUAACCUGUAUCUUAAAUAGACUGUACUUUUCACUCACACAAAGUCCAAUUUUUGGUGUCUAGCAGUCAUUCAGGAACCUGACUGGCAAACAUGAUUCAACACAUGAUUUCCAAAGUCAUCCUGGGUGUUGACAUCCAGUUGCCAGAAGAGAGAAUAACAAGGGAGGUUUAGGGGGCCAAACUUCAAAGUGUUUCCUCUGUCACAAGACCGCACCAAACUGCAAGGGAGGUUGGCCGGAAAAUAUGAUGUAAUUCUAUGUUGUAGAAGAAAGAGAAAUAGGUUUGGUAAGUAGCUAGCAGCCACUGCCUCAGUUUGAAAGGAGGAUAGGCAGAGGAGGGAUGGGUCUGUGUCCAAACCCUCAUCCUGACAAGUGAAGAAUUCAAGUUCAGGCCUCAGCUAAUAUUCCAGGACCUGAGACUAGGGCUGGGGAUUCAGGGGAUCAGAGAGAAGGAAGUUUUUGUGGCAUGGAACAGGGUCAGAGAGUUGGACCCAAAUUCAGCAGUGGUGGAGAGGUGGGUGGAUCAGGUUCUCUUUCUAGUAACUAGACCACACACUUCCUAAGCCAUCUGUCUUCAAUAACGAGCAAAAGAUUGGUUGACGUGGAUUUGAAGGCACUUGAUCCAGUGCCCUCCAAAAACGGGAGGCUUACUAGAGGCCAUAACAAGAAAUCUUGUGGCAGCCAACUAUGCCCUCCCCCAUAUACUCACAUAAAAACUCUUUCUCCUGUGCUUUCACGAUUGCCUUUGAUAACCUAUUAAGCCCAGAGUCUAAAUCAGUGUAUACCAAAAACAUAUUGUCCUUUAUUCACAGUCAAAAAGGACCUAAUCUUCAUUUAAACACUACCAAGAGAAGAAGGGAAAUAUAUUCUAUCCUUCCUAUGCAGUCAAGUAAACGAAGGAAACCGAAACAGUGGUACUUGGAAACUCAAGUACAGCUUGCUUCUCUCUUCUCUCGUCUGGAAACUGGAUGUCAACACCCAGGAUGACUUUGGAAGUCAUGUGUUGAGGAUGGCAGAGGUUGGAUGCACACUGUCACUUCUCUACUGGGGCCAGCUUCUAACAGAAACAGGCAAAAGCUGGAAAUCUACAGAGGUAGGAGGCUCUCAGGCAAGGCCCCACAGCCAGGCUGGGAGUGUCAGCCUUGACUGGAGAAGGCCAAGUGGGCAGGCAGGGAUCUUGGUAAGGGGAAUGAGGUCAUCAGCUGCUGGAAUACUUCUCUAGUGUCGAGGGCUUUGACAGAUGCCUCUCUUCUCCCAGGAGGCCAAGUAUUGCAGCUUUCUAGGCAGAAACAAGGGGAGUUUCUGCCUCCACACUUUAAAAACCAAUUCCAUGUGUAGUGCAUUCAUUGGAAUUACAGCUACUACAUAGGCAGAUGGGGUGGAAUCCAACAGGCCAUCCAGGCAAAUGUGGCAGGUUAUUCUGCUCGAAUCAGCUUAUUCUGCUUGAAGGAUAUGUGUUCUCCAAAUGUCUGAAUCAAGUGCCAAGAGAAACCAAAGAGUGAAUAAGGCAAUUGUAAGACCAACCAGUUCCAGAUGGCAAGAGACACCAAUAGUUCAUACCAGCUCUUAAAAAAGGGGCCCCUAAGGUCUUCCUGAAACUAAGACCACAGAGUUAGGUCAUUUAUCACGGGUCCUGGGUGAGGAGCCAGAGCUGCAAGACACAGUAUAUCACCAACCCUAUCACCUGCUAGCACCUACAGUGAGCAUUGGUGGCCAAGUCAUGCUGCCUGAGGCCACCGCUCAAGGACACAGGACAAUUUAGCCGAAAAGCCCAGGGAGUCUUGUAGCAGUUGUCUGCUGACCUGGAGGAAAGGUCUGUCCCCUCUGUGUCUCUUCAUCUGGCUUGAACCCAGGAAAGCACUCUGUACUGCCCAGUCCUCUAAGUGUCCCUCUACAGUGGCACUGACGAGAAAAAGGAGGUCAAGGCCCUGGGUCAUCUACAUAGUUCUUUUUCCUUUUCUUUUUUUUUUAAAUAAAUUUAUUUUAUUUAUUUAUUUUUGGCUGCAUUGGGUCUUCGUUGCUGCACGCAGGCUUUCUCUAGUUGCAGCGAGUGGGCGCUACUCUUCGUUUCAGUGCACGGGCUUCUCACUGCGGUGGCUUCUCUUGUUUGAGAGCACGGGCUCUAGGCGCGUGGGCUUCAGUAGUCAUGGCACGCGGGCUCAGUAGUUGUGGCUUGUGGCUGUAGAGCGCAGGCUCAGUAGUUGUGACGCUCGGGCUUAGUUGCUCUGCGGCAUGUGGGAUCUUCCCAGACCAGGGCUCAAACCUGUGUCCCCUGCAUUGGCAGGCAGAUUCUUAAACCACUGCGCCACCAGGGAAGCCCACCUACAUAGUUCUUGAGUGGCAGCAAUGGUGCUGGAAGAGGUGCGGAGGCCACACCCUGGGCCCUCAUUCAAGGGAGAAGCUCUGCUCAAUUAUGAAGACCCCUGGGGUACAAGAAAGAACCAUGCUCUUUAAGAUAGAAGAUCUGGGUUCUAGUCUCAACUCUGCUACUGUUCGGCCAUCAUUUCUCUUUGGGUCUGUUUCCUGCUCUAUAAAAACUAAAGAGUAGAUGAGGUGAUCUCCAAGUUCCUGGUCUGAUGUCUUAUUGUUUGGCUACCCAGUGUGUCAGUCAUUUGCUUGAUGGCUCUCAGAUCCCCACCCUUCCCCUACUCUGCCUUAGACUGCAGAGGGCUAGUGCCUGCAAUAUACAUUUCCCAGUCUCCUUUGUCAUCUGGCUUUGGAAGGCUGGUGGAAGACUGGAAGGUGGGAAGUAAGGAGAUGUCAGGGUAUUUCUCCCCUUCUCUGUUUUGGGAGGCAACUCAAGUAGUGGCUGUGUCUCCAUGGUUACAGAUCCUGCUAGACAGCCCUCAUCUUCCUAUUUGCCUUUUGUGUUCUUCCACCACCUUGGUAACAAAUUCCCUGUGUCAAACUCCCUCUGUUGAACCAUCUAACAACUGCCGUUUUCCUCACCAGACCCCAACUAACACAGCCAGGUUGUGGAUUAUCUGCGGUCAGUUUUCAAUCCCACUGCUGUACACCCUUGUGUGCAUCCUUAAUUUAAUAUCCACCAAGAGAAGGAAAUGGAAGGCAAGAGAAAGGAGGAAAAUGAACUGUCAAAGACUGAGCAUAACCCUGGCUAAAUCCAAACCUCUGCCCAUUUUUCCCCAGCGCACUGCACAGCUGAACACAGCUGGAGAAAACCCACACAACCUUGCUGUCCGGUCUCACUUUAAAGCCUAGAUCGUUAUCCUAAAGUGGGCCCGUAAUACUGCCCUGCAGUCAUCCUGCAGUUUCCUAGAUCAUUCACUCUCCUGCUUUCCUAGGCGACUGUUUCUUUCCUGGUCCUCUCUACUCAAAUGCCUAGCACCACCUCCUCCCCCAUCAUCACUCUCAGCUAAAGAUCUUGCUUCCUGUUUCACUGAGAAAUCAGAAGCGUUCAGAAAGAGCAAGCUCCCACUACCACACCUCUCCACCUACUACCUCUACCAAUUUAUUCUACUUCCCCUCCAGUAACUGUGGGUGAACUGUUCACACAGCAGGCAGGGGGCCACCCUUAGCUCUGUUUCUUGUGCAUGAGACCUAUUUCUUCUAGUCUACUUGGCAAUAUUGCUCCAAAUAUUCUCCUUUCUCUCUUCUGCAUUGUCAGUUUUCCUUUUCUAUUUGAUUUUUCCCAUCAGCAAACAUACCAUAUUUCUGUCAUUUAAAUUUUUUUCUCUUGAUGCUACUCCCUCUCUGGCCACUGCCCCACUUCUCCCUACUCUUUUAGCGAACUCUUCCAGAGAGUUGUCUUUGCUCUCUUCCUUCUAUUCUUUCUCAAGCCCACUCCAAUCAGGCUUUUGCCUUCACCACUCCAUUGAAACUGGUCUUGGCAAAGUCACUAAUGACUCUGCAGGGCUAAAUCUAACGGUCAACUCUCAGUCCUUAUUUUAUCGGACCUUCCCACAGCAUCUGGCACAGCUGGUUCCUCCUCCUCUCCCACUCUAACUGUUGGGCACUCAGGACUCGGUCUUUGGAUCCUUUUUCUUUCCUACCUUCAGUUCAUCAAAUCUGGUGACUUUAAAUUCCAUCUACAUUUCUCUUGGUGCCCACCUUUAUACUUCCAGUCUGGGCCUCUCCUCUGAGCUCCGGAUUCAUAUAUCCAACUGCUUGCUCAACAUCUCCAUCUAGAUGUCUAACAGACAUCUCCUCGUUUAAUAGAUCUAAAA